AUGAAGUCCCACUGCCGCGCGAAAGAUGAUGAAAAUCCACCCAUCCCGACAGAGGCACCUCCCAAAGAUUCCGAACCUCCCAAAGAAGAGUUACGCGGAUUUUCUGCGUCGUACGCGUCCUUUCUCAAGGAUCAAAGUGAGAACCCGGACCGCGACAUCCUGGCCGAGGAUUUACGUCAGAGUGAAGAGCGCCAGGCGGUCAAGAUCAAACAACGCGAGAGGAAGGAGACCUAUUUCUUCUACGGAACCCUGGUGGAUCCAGGCAUCGCCCAGAAGAUCCUCAGCUCAGAGGCACCACCUGUCAUGAGACCAGCAGUCCUCAGAAAUCGUGGCCACCUCAAGAUGUGGGGUCCUUUCCCUCUGUUUGUUGCCGACCAGGACCCGAGGGUUGAGGUGAAAGGGAUGGCAUGCGAGAUCGAGGGAACUGCGAGGAAGGACCGGCUUGUGGCGUACGAGGCCGAAAAGUAUGUUGAGAAACUGUGUCUGAUCCAUUUCCUCACCGAGGAUGGUAGCACGGUCACUGGUGAGAGCGUUUUCGGCGUGGUAUUCGCAUGGAUUGGUGAUGACGACGAAUUGGAUGAUGGUGCAUUCGAUCUGGAGGCGUACAAAACGGCUAAGGCAGAACUGGAGGUUACUAAGAAGUAG